GCGCUGUUAUGCCAUGAGCGUGAAGCACCCACUCAUGGUGGUGGCCACUGCUGAUCGCAACAUCAUCGUCUUCAAUCUUCAAAAUCCACAGACGGAGUACAAGAGGAUUCAGUCUCCUCUGAAGUAUCAGACGCGUUGCCUCGCCACAUUUCCAGACAAGCAAGGGUACUUGGUCGGUUCUAUCGAAGGUAGGGUGGCCGUGCAGCACCUCGAUGACUCACAGGCAUCGAAGAACUUUACGUUCAAGUGCCACAGAGACCAGAACGACAUAUAUGCAGUGAAUUCGAUAAGCUUCCAUCCAGUGCAUGGGACGUUUGCGACAGCAGGGUCAGAUGGGGCAUACAACUUCUGGGACAAAGACAGCAAGCAGAGGCUGAAGGCGAUGCAGCGAUGCCCUCAGCCGAUCCCAUGCAGCACAUUCAAUAACGAUGGAACUAUUUUUGCAUAUGCGGUGGGAUAUGACUGGAGUAAAGGGGCUGAGAACCAUAAUCCUACGAUGUCAAAGAACUACAUUUUCCUGCAUGCAACACAGGAUGGUGGGGAGGCAUGUGAUUGUUUUGGCGGUUGAACGGUACAGAGGUCAUUUCCUGUCCAUAGCUAGAAAACAAAACAGCAAGGCAACA